GAAAAUAGAAAACGUCAUUUCAAAUAAAACGGCGGAAAAAAACACAUUCUUCUCUAAGAAUUUAGGUAUCUAUUUAAGCGUUUAUACCUGCUAAUUUAAUAUUGCGCAUUAUAUCAUUUAACCGCCAUAAGAAUUCUUUCUUAACCUGUCAGAAUUGCUUCAGUGUUUCAUCAGGAAAGAAUCCUGUUAGACUGUAUUAAUCUAAUAUUAUUACCUAGGUAGUACUAUUAAUUAAAAAACAUGGCAUCAAGUGGAAGUUCUUGGUAUUAUGACUUAAAAAAUAACGACCUGAUCAUCGAAAAAGAAAUUUCAUGUGACGUUAGAGAUUUGGUUAUUAAUGUUAGCCAAAGAAAUGACAGAAGUGUCAAGGAAACAAAAGAAGAAUUUAUAAUUGGAGAUAUAUCUAAAGGCAGUAUGCUAACAAUUGAAAGCCGUUCGUUUUGUGAAUCUUGUCGUGGAUCUCCAGAUUGCGCUUGUAAAGGCUUUAUAAACGUGAUUGUCGUAUUAGAUCAACCCAAGAACAACUUUAUAAAGCGUGAUAUCAAAGUUUUCCUUGCAUGUGUAACGGACGUCCCUGCAGGGGCACUCAAGGUGAUAUCUGAUGAAUGUUACACAGCAUUUCAAUCAGCUUUCAAAAUGGAAAAAAGAAAUUUCUUAAAUACAGGUGAAUUAAUGCGUUCACCAUCAGCUUUGCUUCCCUUUUAUGCAAAGAUUUCUGUGAUUGAAAAAAAUGGUAAACUUUCUGUUGAGAAUCUUGUGGAUGAAAUUCAAAAUCAAAAUCUCAUGGACUUUACUAACAAUCUUUUUUUGAAUAAGCAAUACUCAGAUUUCACUUUUAAAGUGGGAGAAAAUAUGUUUCCGGUACACAAAAAUGUACUCUCAUAUCGUAGUUCAGUUUUUCAAAAAAUGUUUUCGGGAGGCUUUAGAGAAAGUUCUUCAAAAUGUCAGGAAAUAAUUGAUGUUCAUCCUGAAGUAUUCAAAGAAAUGCUCCGCUUUAUCUAUACUGGCAAUGUUGAAGAUUUGAAUAACAAUGCAGAAGAACUGCUUGCUGUUGCAGAUCGUUAUCAUGUUACAGAUUUGCAAAAAUUAUGUAAGAUUUACCUGAUGAGUAAUCUCAGUGAAGAAAACGCUCUAAAAUAUUUCGAACUGUCGCAUCGUCAUCCUUGUUAUCUGGAUUUAAAAGAAUCAUCCUUUAAAAUUUUACAAAGCAUUUUUGAAAAAAUUAAUUUGUCUUUGCCUGAUGAGUUCUUAGAACAACCUGAUAAAGUUGCCAUUGCUAUCAAAUAUAAAAAUCAACUUGAAAAUGCUCUUAUUGUUUCGUCGGAAACCAUUUCCGGUAGUAAUUCUGACUGUGGAAAUGACAAUGAAGAUGAAGAAGCCGCACCAGCAAAAGAGAGUCGAAUUGACUGAAAAGAAAGCUCACAAUAAUAUCUAAAAAUUAGCGUUAAGCAUUUCGCUCUUAUAAAAAGUUGAAAACUUCUGAAAUUCCUAAUCACUAUUCAGCAACCAAAAAUUAGAUACUGAGAGAACUGUUAUGAAAAUCUGAAUAAAUAAAUUUGAAUUUCAAAGCUCCAGUAAGCUUU